UACAAAAAAAAAAAAAAAAAAAAAAAGGACUCAUUCCCUCCUCCUUCCGCUCUCUCUCUCUCUCUCUUUUUCGCCAGACCAUAAUUGCCGGCAUCUCCCGAUGCCGACACCGCCGCAGUCGGCGGUUGGCACCACCGGAAAGGUCAGAGGUAGAGUUCGCCAGCCGAUCUGGUGGUGGUGUGGCUGGUCAGCACCGCCUGAAAAUUCUCUCUCUUUAUAUCUCUCUCAAAUAUGGUGGUGGUGUGGCUGGUGGUUUUCAUCAGAAAUUUCUCUCUCUGUCUCAAAUAUUGGAGUUCGCCGGAGAACAGAACUCCGACGAUGGUUGGUGGUUGCUGCUAUUGUCGUUGGUGGUGUUGGAGUUAGUUUUUGUAUAAUAGUGUAUAAUAUUGUAUAGUAGUAGUAUAUGGGUGUAAGCACACCUCUUAUACACUAUUAUACAUUUUUAUACAGCUAUAUACAUAAUGUAUAUGUCUGGUAUAAUAGUGCAAUUCUUAUUCAAAACAGUCCAGAUCUAUGUUUAUACCCACUUAUGCAAUAUUGUAUAAUUGUGUAUAAGAGCAUAUUUUUGUGUAUAAUAUUGUAUAAGUAUAUUUUUCGUGUAUAUACCUACACAUAUACAAUAUUGUAUAAUUGUGUAUAAAUGUGAAUAAGUGCAUAUUUUCGUACAUAAUAUUGUAUAAGUAUAUUUUUUAGUGUAUAUACCUGCACAUUGUAUAAUUGUGUAUAAGUGCGUAUUUUUGUGUAUAAUAUUGUGUAAUUAUAUUUUUUAGAUUGUACACCUAUAUACAUAAUGUACAUCUCUUUUUAUAUACAAGUAUAUAACACUGUAUAAAAGUGUUUUGGGCGAACGCUUUGCAAUAUGAGUUUUGAGUUAUUUUUUGGCAAUGUAAGUGAGCAAAUUGUAUAUUUGUGAAAUUUUCCCUGAUUUAAGUUCUUCUUCAACUCAAUCAAUAUAUAUUCAUUCCAAAUAUACUUUGGGAUCGAAGAGGUUGAUAACUUUGAACCAGAGAACAAUUGUUCUUCUUUGAAACCUCCAUUACUCUAUUUGAGGUAAUACAUGGAACUUCCCCUUUACUUUCUUAGGAUAUCUACUAAGUUGCUCGGACUCGGGUGCGGAUAUCCAAUACGGUUACUAAUUCGAGGGUCGGAUUCGGCAAAACCUAAAUAUUAGGAUUUAGGGUGAGGAACCAUGUAUGGAUACGAGUGUUGGGAUUCAGAUAAGAAAAUUCGAAAAUAUGAAAAUAGAGCACAACCCCUUGAAUUAUUGGUUUCUCUCUGUUUGACGGAAACAUGAAGCAGUGAAUAUGAGACAAAAGUACUACAAUAUUGAAGCUCUCUGUAUAUUGCAGGAGUAGAUGAGGAUUUCAAAGAGCAAAUGUUGGCUGAAAUGAAUCUAUCACUAGGUGAUAUACCAUUUAAAUACCUAGGAGUUCUCUUAUAAACUAGGAAAUUAUCUAUGUAUCAAUGCUUGCCACUGGUUGAAAAGAUGAUCUCCAGGAUCAAGUCCCGGUCUUCAAAGCUAUUAUCCUACAGUGGUAGUCUACAACUAGUGAAGAGUGUGUUGUUUGAAAUGCAAACCUAUUGGGCACACAUAUUUUUACUACCAAAGAAGAUUAUAUCGAUAGUAACAUCUGGUUGUAGGACCUUUCUUUGGACUGGGAGUAACAACUGCUCAAGAAAAGCAUUAGUAGCCUGGGAAAAGAUAUGCAGACCUAAAACAGCAGUGGGACUGAAUGUUAUUGACAUAUUAACUUGGAAUAGAGCAGCAAUCUGCAAAUUACUUUGGCCUGUGGAACAAAAGAAAGACAAAUUGUGGGUUCUAUGGGUACAUACUUUCUAUAUAAAAUCCCAAGAUUUGAGUCAAAUGGAAACACCAAAGCAAGCUUGCUGGUUACUCCGGAAGGUGAUUGAUGCAAGGAAGUGUCUCACUAGUAAUGAUUCCUUACAUAAAUCUCUACACCAGAUGACAUACAAAGGAGAAUUCAGCAUAAAAAAAAGUUAUCUUUCAAUGUUGGGACAAUUUCCAAAAGCAGACUGGAGCAAAUUGGUUCUGGUAAAGGGUCCCAUACCAAGACAUCAUUUUAUACUAUGGAUGGCACUCUAUAGGAGACUCUCUACUGUUGAUAUAGUUGCAAAAUGGGAAAUAGUAGUGCAACAGGAAUGUGUUCUAUGUGAUACUCAAUCGGAGGAAAAGUUUGAUCACAUAUUCUUUGCCUGCCCAUACGCCAAACAUGUCUGCUGCUCUCUGGUGAACUGGUUGGGUUACUCCAGGACAAUAGGUGAUUGGAACCCUAAAAUACAGUGGUUAAUACAAAGGAUAAGCAAUAGCAGGCCUAGAGAUAGCAUACUGGGAUUCUGUUUUGCAGCAACAGCCUAUCAUAUUUGGGUGGAGCGCAAUGGAAAGUGAUUUUCUCGCUAGGUUCAAAGCAACUUGGCACGACUGAAAGAUAUCUCUAUUCAGCUGCACAUUGAAGGUCAAAGGCACAGCAAAUGGAAGAGUCACCUAGAGCAGCCAGAUUCAUAUCCCUAUUAUCUUAUUGGUUUUAGAUGACAGAAAUUGUAAUCACAAUAGUGAAAGUGUAGUUAAAGCUGUUUGAGAUCUAGCUUCGAGUCCAAAUGGAGCUAGUGGCAUUGUACAAAUUACAUUUUGGUUGAAAUGAAAAUUUAACCUUUUAACCAACCAAAAAAAAAAAGUAUGUACUAUGUCAACUGCCUUUUGUGAAAACCUGAUGUGUGUCAUCGUCUUCCGUUUUUGCUACUCUGUAGUGGUAUUUGGCGUUGUUUAUGCAA